AUGCUGCUGCCUCAGAGCUUGGUGUCGCGCUACGAGCAGCUGCCCAACGGCUACCCGCUCGUGCUUGUGCAGCUGCCGAUGUACAAUGAGGAGGCGCACUGCGAGGUGGUGAUCGAGCGGGCGUGCCGCAUGGAGUGGCCGAGGGACCGGUUGGUCAUCCAGGUGUGCGACGACUCAACGCGAGACGACAUCAAGCGCCGCAUCGACGCCAAGGUCGCCGACAUGGCUGCCGCCGGCCACGCGUGCGUGGUGGUCCGUCGCCCCGCCAACAUCGGCUACAAAGCGGGAAACAUGGUCAACGGCAUGCGGGCGGUGCAGGACCUGCCUUGGGAGUAUGUGGCGGUGUUUGACGCCGACUUUGAGAUGCCGCGCGACUUCCUGUUCCAGACGGUCUGGCACAUGGCGGAGGACCCGCGCCUGGCGUUUGUGCAGACGCGGUGGACGUUCACCAACGGAUAUGACAACCUGCUGUGCUGGGCCCAGAGGGUGAGCCUCAACUACCACUUCGCCGUGGAGCAGCGCGCGCGCUCCUUCAUGUGCACCUUCUUCGGCUUCAACGGCACGGGUGGCGUGUGGCGGCGGACGGCGCUGGAGGGGGCGGGGGGCUGGAACAUGGACAGCACUGUGGAGGACAUGGACCUGUCCAUACGUGCAUACGUGCAGGGCUGGAAGUUCAGGUACUUGGACUGGGUGCACUGCCCCAACGAGCUGCCGCCAACGCUGAGUGCGUACAAGACGCAGCAGUUCCGCUGGAACAGCGGCCCCAUGGUGGUGCUGAAGCAGAUGCUGGCCACAAUAUGGACGACAGACAAGGUCAACUUCUUUGACCGCCUUUCAUGCAGCUACUUCUUCUUCAGGUUCAUCUACACGGCCUUCCUGACGAUCGUGUCCCUGAUGUGCCCCGCCAUCGUGAUCUGGCUGGACCCCUGGCGUUGGGACUGGCCCAACUACGCCUUCCUCAUCAGCGGCAACACGUCGGCGCUGGUGUUCUGGUGGCUGGUGGGGCCGCUGUUCUGGCCGUAUUUCCUGUUUCAAACCGUGAGCGUCACGCCGACACUGCUGCUGCCACUAUCAUUGUCGUGGCUGCCGCCGCCGCUGCUGCUGCUGCCGCUGCUGCUGCUGGUGGUGCUGCCGCUGCUGCUGCUGCUGCUACUGCUGCUGCCAGGUAUUGGCUACUUCCGGGUGUACGCCAUGGGCAGCGGCCUCAUCGGCAGCGAAAAGACCAAGGGCUGGAAGGUGACCAAGAAGUUUGGCAAGGGCAAGAUGGGCGGCCGCGCGUACCACAAGCCCUACACCCUGGACCUGGUCAUAGCCGUGUACUACCUGGGCAUGACGUUUGCGGCGUGCUGGUGGCGGCUGUGGCUUCUCGCCAGCUUCACGUGGAUCAUGGUCUUCAGCUUCCUCUGCCUCUCCUUUGGGGACUACCUGUUCUGA